UACUCAAGACAAGCGUAGAAGUUGAAAGAAAAUAGCAGGUUCAUUUGGACCAAUGAUAACGGAGAAAAAAGAGCGAAAGAUUAUAGUGGCUGUGGAUGAGGGUGAAGAGAGCAUGUAUGCACUGUCGUGGUGCAUCACCAACCUUAUUUCUGACACCACCAACGUUAAACUAGUGCUGCUCUAUGUCAAGCCACCUCUUGCUGUCUACUCCUUCGAUGCUUCAGGAUGCAUAUUUUCCAGUGAUGCUAUUUUUGCUAUGGAAAAGUAUGGCAAGGAUUUGGCUAAUUCAAUAAUGGAAGGAGCUGAAGCAAUUUGCAAUAGGUUGAACACCAAUAUCAAUUUGGAGAGACUAGUUGGGAGUGGAGAUGCCAAGGAUGUGAUAUGCAGUGCAGUGCAGAAACUAGAGGCUGAUACCUUGGUUAUGGGAACCCAUGGCUAUGGAUUCUUUAAGAGGGCGCUCCUUGGAAGUGUCAGUGAUUAUUGUGCCAAGCAUGCCAGCUGUGCUGUUGUAAUCGUGAAGCACCCAUAAACGAUUUUAUUUUAUUUUUAUUUUUUUCUUCUUAUCUUCUUUGUUUUUGGCUUCACGGGAAGCAGGUUUUAGGGCAUAUCUUUAGCUACUAAGCAUUAACUCUGUUUUUCCGUACAAAUUGGACAGUUUGUUUUUUGUGUGAAAGGGAAAGAUGUGUUGGAAUUCUUAGUCCUUUUAUUAGGGGAA